CACACGUAGAGCGUACAGCUCCACACCAACCUCGCGUUUCCACGCCGCCGCACUCGCAAACGAUACACGCAGACAGACACAAGCCCGCCCGUAUUACAUUUUUGUUUCUCUCUCUCUCUAAAUCAUUACAUUGUACUUUGUUGUAAGUCCGGGUGUGGUUUCAGCCGAGGCUGCUGCAUUACACGCGGGGUUUUUUUUAUUUAUUUAUUUCCGAGCGAGAGGAGCCAGAGUUCAGUGGGACAGGCUGCUGCUGGUCGUGGUGGUGGUGGUUUGUGUGACGCGCACCCCCGUGGGUUGGAGAGCGGCUCUGUGUGUGUGUGUGCACACAGCAGCAGCAGCAGCACACACCCCGACCUCCACGCUCUCGCACAGCAGACAGUGCAGGCACGGCACAAGGACGGCAGGAAGCCAGCCAAAGCCAUUCCCUUCAGCAGCAGCAGCAACAACAACGAGCAGAAGAAGAUUACGCGGAGAGACAAGCGAGGAGCAGCAGGAGGAUAACGACCACUAACGACCAAGAGGAAGACCAAGUAAAGACGCACAAUGGCAGCAGCCGCAGCAGGGAAAGGAGGAGGCGGCGGCGGUAAGGACGAGGAGCUGCCUGCCUACUUCGGCCGCCUGGGCUCCGGCAGCCCCAAGCCUCGGCAGAAGUACGGAGGCAUGUUCUGCACGGUGGAGGGGGCGUACGAGAACAAGACCAUAGACUUCGACUCGUACAGCGUGGGCCGACGAUCGGCCGCGGAGACUCCGAACCGGUCCGAGACGCGCUCGCCGGCGUCCGGGAACUCCCCGCCGGGCAGCGUGAGCGGCGGGGAGUCGGCACCCGGCAAUGGGGACGCGGAGAGCGGGGCACCGCUGCCCGGUCCACCCGGGGUCACCGGCACCACGACGAGCGGCAACGGCAACCCGCUCACGAUCAGGGCGGCCACCGGCAAAGAGGCGCUGCAGAACAAUGACGACGAUGUGAAGAGUGACCGUCUGCUGAUAAAGGGAGGACGCAUCAUCAAUGAUGACCAGUCGUUCACCGCCGACAUUUACGUGGAGGAUGGCUUUAUAAAGCAAAUCGGGGACAACUUGAUCGUCCCGGGCGGCGUGAAGAGCAUCGAAGCCAACGGACGCAUGGUGAUGCCCGGUGGCAUCGAUGUCCACACCCACCUGCAGAUGCCCUACCUGGGUACCAGCACCAUGGAUGACUUCUACCAGGGCACGCGUGCGGCAUUGGCUGGUGGCACCACCAUGAUCAUUGACCACGUGAUCCCGGAGCCCGGCUGCAGUCUGCUGGGCGCCUACGAACAGUGGCGCGAGUGGGCCGAUGCCAAGGCGUGCUGCGACUACUCGCUGCACGUGCAGCUCACCUAUUGGAACAGUGAGCUCUGCUCCGAGAUGGAAACGCUCAUCAAGGAUAAAGGUGUCAACUCGUUCCUCGUGUACAUGGCUUACAAGGACAAGUACCAGCUGACCGAUGCCGAGAUUUACGAAGCCUUCACGGCCAUCCGCGACCUCGGUGCCAUUGCCUUGGUGCAUGCGGAGAAUGGAAGCAUCAUCGCAGAGGAACAAAAGAGGAUCCUGGGUCUGCAAAUCACUGGACCUGAAGGCCACGUCCUGAGCCGGCCUGAGGAGGUUGAGGCGGAGGCGGUGAACCGGGCCAUCACCAUUGGCAACCAAACCAACUGCCCCCUCUACAUUACCAAGGUCAUGAGCCGCAGCGCAGCCGAUGUAAUCGCCCUGUCCAGGAAGAAGGGCACGGUGGUGUACGGCGAGCCCAUCACGGCCAGCCUGGGCACAGAGGGCUCGCACUACUGGAGCAAGAACUGGGCCAAGGCGGCGGCGUUCGUCACGUCGCCACCCAUCAGCCCCGACCCCUCCACGCCCGAGUACCUCAACUCCAUGCUCGCAUGCGGGGACCUGCACGUGACGGGCAGCGCUCACUGCACGUUCAGCACCGCGCAGAAGGCUCUGGGCAAGGACGACUUCACGCUCAUCCCCGAGGGCACCAACGGCAUCGAGGAGCGCAUGAGCAUCGUGUGGGACAAGGGCGUGGCCACCGGGAAGAUGGACGAAAACCAGUUCGUCGCAGUGACCAGCACCAACGCAGCCAAAGUGUUUAACCUGUACCCCCGCAAGGGGCGCAUCGCAGUGGGCUCCGAUGCAGACCUCAUCAUAUGGGACCCGGACGUGGUGAAGACCAUCUCUGCCAAGACUCACCACCAGGCGGUGGAGUACAACAUCUUCGAGGGCAUGGAGGUGCGGGGAGUUCCGCUGGCCGUCAUCAGCCAGGGCAAGAUCGUGAUGGAGGACGGCACGCUGCACGCCAUGCAGGGCGUUGGCCGCUUCGUGCCGCGGAAGGCGUUCCCCGAGCAGGUGUACAAGCGCAUCAAGGCGCGCAGCCAGCUUACAGAGCUGCAGGGCGUCCCCCGGGGCCUGUACGACGGCCCCGUACAGGAGGUGACCGUGUCCUCGCGCACAGCCACCCCGGCCGCUUCGGCAAAAACGUCGCCCACUCGACAGACGGCGGCCGCCGCCGCCGCCCAGGCCUCCAACCUGCGCAACCUGCACCAGUCGGGAUUCUGUCUCUCUGGAGCCCAAGUGGAUGACAAUAUGCCGCGUCGCACCGGACACCGUAUCGUGGCGCCUCCCGGGGGACGCUCGAACAUCACCUCCCUGGGCUAGAGAGAGAGAGAGAGCGGAAGAGACGGCGACCAGAGGCACCGCCACUGCCCAACGCCAAGACCGCCACAAGGGCCGUCAAUGCCCUCAACCCAACAAACCCCACCCGCACGCCAUUGUGACUCCCAUCUCUCAGUUGUCUCGGCACGCCUGGAUAGAGUCUGUAUCUGCUGCAUGAGCAAGGGGGUUGCCUGCCACAAGCUGCUGUGGCUUUUUUUCUUUCUGGCUGUCAGAUGCAUAUUGCAGCCUGGAAGGGCAAUUUGAUACCGAUAUUAUUAUCCUGGAAUAAUGCGCACGUUGGUUGGGACGAUAGCAUUAUUUAACUAAGCUGGUGCAUGGUUCGUCAUGUGAUCAGAUCUUGCAUCGCAUGCUUUGGAAAAUAUUUACGUUAAUAUUACCAACGUUUGGUUAUCCCUGGAAAUCGUGAAAGUUUUAAGGUCGUAUUCACCAAUUUUUUGGAUCGCACUGCUUCAAGAGUGUGUGGAAGGAAACUGGAGUUUCCAGGGAAUCCCUAAAUGCACAAGUUCAAAUCUCUAAAACUUCUUGCAAAUCGUCUGUUGUAAACAGACUGCUCUGCUUAUUGCAUGUGUAGUGAUCCACUCAUUGACACCAGGAGUAGGAGGCACUCUAUUUAUUAACAGCCUUCACAGGGUACAAGGGGUAACUAUACUUCAGUCAGGGCAGCUAACAGACUGGCUGACUGACGACGCCGAGAAGGUGAAGACGGUGACGAAGACUCCCAGCAGCCCGUUGGGAUUCCACUCCAAGCAACAGCCCCGAACCUUCGCUCGGGGUCUCCUUUUAUCCUCCUAGCGUGGCCUUGCUCCGCCCCGGCCUCGCCUCCCUUCUAGAACCUACUCGUGGGUUCCCGGGCUAACCUCACAUGCCCCCUCUAUCACCUUUGCCCUACAACCCUCUCUGCUUAUCACGUGACCUGCUGACAGGGCUGCUGCAACCGCAGAUCCCUUUCUCUGCCAGCAAUCAGUGCUAUGCUCCAUAGUGAACCAUUCCAUGUCACUACACAUGCACCUCAUGGCACAGAAAGGGAGUGCCUUGCACAAGUUCCAUCGUUUUGUUAUCCACCAACCCCACCUCCAAGAGGUUAAAUUACAGACUUAUGCCACCACACCGAUUAAGAAUUUAAAAAAUAAAUACAAGUUUUUUUCCCGAUGAGUUUUAACACACCGUGCCCUUACCAGGCUGCCCCAGUUUAACACUACUGUCGUCUGAAUUGCAUUGGCAAUGCUUCUCGUUGGGAAACGUGCUUUCGAUCACAAAUGCAGACUCAAUCCAGUUGUGCCGACAGCUUUAGAAUUACUAAAUGCUCCGCAGGAACGCUAACGGUGGUUGCUCGUAUAAAGAUAACGAUAACAAUAAUAAAGGAUAAAAGUGAGAGUAA